CUUGAAGUUUGAAAUGAUGUAGUUUCAACCGACCCAUACUGUGCAGGAUCGGCAAUCUGCAGCCCUGGAGUUGUCGUCUCGUGUUGUAUGAGAUGGCAGGGCUGCCCUUGUCUUUCACAACAAGCGUGACCACUUGUAACGUCAGGUGUGCAAGUCAAACGAACAGGAAGACUUCAUCAAGCCAAUUUAUUGGUGAUCGUUGUGCGUGUCUUCAGCUGCUUGGAAAACCAAAUUUGGAGCAGAAGUUCGUAUUUCUUCAUGCAUCUCUAGCCCAAUCAAGGUUAGGGAAAGGACCUACAUAUCUUGAGGGGCAUAGGUGGUCGCUGGCAGCUACGUCCUUCGACGUGGCUGCAUCAAUGGACUUUGGCAGCGGCUUAUUCAUUGACUUUGACAACAAUACUGACCCAGACGCCACAGUCGUCACCAUCACGGGCCCAGACCAGCACAACCUGCUGCUGCGCCUCACAGCGGCGCUCAACAGCAUGGGGCUGAAUGUGGUGUCUGCUAGCAUAUCCUCAUCAGAUGAUGGGACCGUGCUAGAUGUCUUCCGAGUCACCAACAGCGAGGACCAGAAGGUGCCAGAGGACAGCUGGGAUGGGGUGAGGGAGUCAGUGCUAGAGAUGUUGGCGGCCUCCAGCAGCCGCUCCUCAAAGCCGGCCAUCUUUGGAGCCGCGCCGGCGCCGGAGGAGCAGCAGCGGCGGCCGCUGGGGUCGGCCAGGGAAGGGGACGCCGUCGCGCUGGAAGUCGCUGCUGCAGAGAUGGCGCAGGCCGCCGCCAACCUGGUCGCCAUCGAGCGCAGCAUUGUGGCGCUCACCGAGAAGGGGGGGGAUGCACAGGCGCUGGCGGCCAAGGAGACGGAGCGGGCGGAGGCGGCUGCGCAAUUGGAACGACGGAUGUCGGCCAUGGAAGCUGUCCUGGUUGCGCGCAGAACGCCUGUGGCGGAGGCCAAGCCUGAGGCCGCCCGGGGGCCUGGAGCAGACCUCCGCUUCCAGGCUGGUGGAGCUACUGCAUCCGGGCCGGCUCUUGGCAAUGGCUAUGAGAUCAUCCUGCAGGGCUUCAACUGGGAGUCACACAGGCAACAGUGGUACCAGGUGCUGAAGGAUCAGGCGGGCUUCAUGGCGAGUGCAGGCAUCACGAGCGUGUGGCUGCCGCCGCCCAGCGACAGUGUGAGCCCGCAGGGGUACCUGCCGCGCGACCUGUACAGCCUCAACAGCGCAUAUGGCAGUGAGGCAGAGCUGCGCGAGUGCCUGCACGUGCUGCACGACUGCAACCUCAAAGCCAUCGCUGACAUCGUCAUCAACCACCGCUGCGCGCAUUUCCAGGACGAAAAAGGGAGGUGGAACAAGUAUGGGGGCAGGUUGCCGUGGGGCACGGAGGCCAUCUGUAACAACAACGCGGUCUUCGGCGGCACGGGGAACCACAAAACCGGGGAGGACUACACGGCCGCGCCCAACAUUGACCACACGCAGGAGUUUGUGCGCCAGGACAUCAUCAAAUGGCUCAAGCUCCUGCGCUCCAUCGGCUUUGACGGCUUCCGCUUUGACUUCGUCAAGGGCUACAGCGGGGAGUUUGUGAAGGAGUACCUGGAUGCCACGGUGCCGGAGCUGGCGUUUGGCGAGUACUGGGACACUUGCGAGUACACAGACGGCGUGCUCAACUACAACCAGGACGCCCACCGGCAGCGCACCGUCAACUGGUGUGACCGCACCGGCGGCACCUCAGCGGCAUUCGACUUCACGACAAAGGGCAUCCUGCAGGAGGCGAUGGGGCGGGGGGAGUACUGGCGACUGAUUGACAGCCAGGGGCGUCCGCCAGGCCUGCUGGGCAUGUGGCCCUCGCGAGCGGUGACGUUCAUAGAGAACCACGACACGGGCUCCACGCUCAAUCACUGGCCCUUCCCCAGCUCGCACCUGCUGGAGGGGUAUGCCUACAUCAUCACCCACCCCGGCUCCCCCUGCAUCUUCUAUGACCACUUCUUCGCCGAGGGCCUGGGCCAGGGCAUCCGCGAGAUGAUCAAGAUCCGCUCCCGCCUCGGCAUCCAGUGCCGAUCCAAGGUGCUGAUCCUGAAGGCAGCCGGGGAUGUGUAUGCAGCGAGCAUUGACAGCAAGAUAGCAAUGAAGGUGGGCCCAGGAGAUUGGUCCCCUGGAGCGGCCAACCUGCAGGAAGCACCCUCUAGGUGGCAGAGCCUCUGCGAGGCGCGCUGGGGCCCGCUCACAGACCUACAGUAUGCAGCAGAAGCGCUGGCUGGGUCAUGGAAGAAGCUGUACAGGAGCAAGACUGAGACAGACAAGAAGGCAGAGCAGGCGCAGAAUCUGUGCCCCUAUGAGGUGGAUGCAUUUGUGCAGCGCCUGGGCUGCUGCGCCGCGCCUGCAGGGCGAACAACGAUUGCCACCUUCUGCGUAGACGGCAGCGGAUCCAUGGCCUCUGAGGACUUCAAAGUCAUGACCAGCUUCAUCGCGACUGCCAUGACUGGCCUGCUGGCCAUGGACAUCAACUGCAAGGUUGCAGUAGUGCAGUUCAGCAAUGACGUGCGAGUGGAGAUUGCGCCACGGCACCUGCCGCUGGAUGAGCUGAAGAGGCAACUGGAUGAAAUGACGCGCAUGAAUGGAGGCACGAACAUCGCCCUGGCAAUCAAGCAGGCUGGGCAGAUGCUCAAGUGCGAGGAUGCAGACGCAGCGCGCAUCAUCAUCCUGCUCACAGAUGGGCGCGUAGACACCUUCCAGGGGCGCGAGGCAGUGAAGAUGGCAGAGCGUUUGGCGGACGAGCAGGCAAACGUGUCCAUCUUUGCUCUGGGCGUCGGGCGGGGCGUGGAGAAGACAGAGAUGCAGAAGAUCAUCGGCGUCUGCGGUGCUGACAAGGUGGCUGCGCGCUACAUCCCCCUGUACACCCUGGACGAGGCCCCCUGGUGAGCCAGGUUGUUGCAGCAAUAAUCGUGAGGGCUGCUGAGACGCAUGCAUCUCUGUAGCGGGGAAUGACUGAGCUCUCAGCGGAUGCUGCCUUAAAAUUCUGUAUCAAGAAAAUAAUGUACAUAAACAGUGCAUCCUUACCAUUGCUGGCCGUGUACAUUUAUCUAGGGGCACUACGUCAAGGUAUCCAAGUUUGCGUUGCUGACGAUUCAAGACAGUCGAGUGUAUCAAUGUAUGCGGGGCGCCCUGGACCUUGCCGAAUAUCUUAAUCAUUGUACAUUGCAGUCCUGCUCCCAGUUGUACAGUUAGUUGAGUCUGAUGAGCAUUUGUUGUACAAACAGUAAAUAGGAGCUUGUAGAGUUGUAUUGCCGCAUCUGUGGCUCCCUUCUCAAGUGUAAUCAAGUUGAUGGCCUGUAAAUUCUCAGCCUC